AUGGAGAGCCUGAAGCAGUUGCCGGGAGAAGCGCCAGGCCCGGCAGGUCCAGGGGGAGGCGGCGAACACGCACCACCGAACACUUCCCCAUCCGACCCCACGGCCAACACAAGCUCGUGUGCCACGUGGCAGAGUUGCUCCUCGUGGGGACACACGGCGGCCAGUGACGGGCACUGCAUUUCACCCACCACCCGGGGACGAGCAGCACGGAGCCAAACAAACAGCGACCACCAAAAAGACGGGCCCUGGUGGGUGGGUGGCGGUGGUGGUGCGGGCGCGGAGCAGCUCUGGGCCGCGUCCCCGGGGGCCUGGGACAGCAUCGCCCGGGGCCAGGGGGGGGGGGUCGACUUGCUGACGAGAGGCAGCGGCUUCCCACCGGCUAGAGGGCCGACCGCACCCACAGACCAGAGGCCCGGCAGGGCCCAUCCCGGGCAGACGACCGCCUUUCCGGUCUGCGCGCUGCCUCCAAAUGCACGUUCUCGGUCUCAGGGCCCAGGGUCCUUCCCCAUCCCCGAGCUCAGGCAAGGCCGCUCUCCGAGACCAGGGCUGGGAGGGGCUGGCGACGCAGUGCCAGUGGGCGACAGGCCCGACGGAGCCCCCCGCGGCCUCCCGGAGCCUGGACUCGAUGGAGGCUUCUCGUCGGCCUCCCCCCAGAGGAACGCAUGGGUCCUCAGGCCUCGGGGGACGGGGACGCUGGCAGGGCCCAGGACCCGGAGAGGCGCAGGGCAGAGCCCCGGGAUGCAGGGCGGUGUCCCGAAGCCGGGGCGUCGUCCAGGCACAGCCCGCGCGCCCCGACCGCCCCCGCCUCCGUCCCCGCCUCCGUCCCCGCCUCCUAACGUCCCUCAGCGCGCCCACAGGAAGCCCCGCCCCACGCGCCGCGGGGCACCGCCCACCUCCCCACCCCUUCCGGCUAGCUCCGCCAAUGACCAGGCUCGGCUCGGGAUGGGACCCGCUCCCAGGCCGCCGGCGGAAGCCGGGUCCCGCGGCCUGACGGACUGGUUCCCUGCCCAAUCAAGACAAGCCGGCCGCCUGCCCGCCCCUCUAGUCUCCGCUCCCGCGCGCUCCUUUCCGGCGUCGGGCCCGGAGGACUGCGUGACGCCUGGACGUCCCCGCCGGGAGAGCACGACGUCUGCGUGCAGGGCCGCGCGAGUCGUCCUGUGUGGCGCCCCCCAGCCCUGCUUGUGUGCUCUCGGCCGGAGUUUGGGUCUUGAAGUAGUGGAACUCACGGAAGUUGCAUACAAAGGCCGGGGCGCCCCCCGCAGAUACCGGGGAUCGGCGGGGCGCACAUCCAGUGCCGUCACACACCCGGAUGUGGCCUUGCUGCCGUCCGAGGGCUGCCCCGG